AUGGAGAGAUAUACAACGGCGCAUGAUACUGUGGUUGAGGUCCCAGAGAAUGAGAACAUCAAGGCAUAUACAACUAGGGUGGAGUCUGGACAUGUCUCGGAGGUACGUAAUAUUGAGAUCAAGACGAAUUGACAUGAGUCUAACAAUAUAAGCCUAGCAGCAGUAAUGGUAGCAACUUGACUCUAAAUGUUAAAAAUGAAUACGAAAAUAUAUCCAGUGAUGGCAAGGUUAUAGAUAGAUAUCAAUUAUUAAAAGAAAAGGGCUAUUGUCAUGGAUUUCUCUUGGAGGAAGCAUCGAUUUCGGUGACCUGUGAGACGGCUGACUCUCAUUCACAACAACAACGAAGGGUUUCUACGUUUGGCCGUGAAGUCCAUGAAAAUAGGGAUAUGUUUCCAAAUAAAAAGCGAAGCUACAAAGGUAAUUCAGAAGCAUCAAACAGGAUCCUAGAAAAUGUUUUUAAGACCAAUUCAUACCCUACGAGCAAAGAACGACAUAUUAUUGCAAAAAAAUGCGGAUUGAGUCCAACUCAAGUUGGUGCAUGGGUACGUAUGUAAAGAAACCCUCUCAACAGAUAGGUUACUAACACUUUAGUUUACAAAUAGAAGAAACGCCUCAGAAUAA